AUGUCUGAUCCUGACUCCAAAAGUGAGACAGUGUUGGCACUGCCUUCAAACAUGACGCCAUCUCCAGUCACAUCCAAGGGGCAUCCCUGUUCUUCCUUAAGUGUAACAUAUGUCAGCAGACGUAAACUUGUCGAAGUCGUCGAUGGACUGCUCGGGGUGAUGACGCUGUCGUCAACCUGUAAAAAACCAUGUGUACAUUCCGGAUCUGACGAAAUUGCCGCUGACAAUGCUUGGCUGGCAAAGUGCCCUUCUGCUUUAUCUUCCUUCGACCAAAUCAUAGCUAGCAUGGAGGGCAAGAAGAUCGCGUUGUUUCUGGAUUAUGAUGGCACACUUUCGCCAAUCGUCAAUGAUCCCGAGAAAGCGUUUAUGUCCCCAGAGAUGCGCUCUGCUGUGAAGAAUGUAGCAAAGUUCUGCCCAACGGCAAUUGUCAGUGGGAGGUCCCGUGACAAGGUGUUUGAGUUUGUAAAGCUGAAGGAGCUCUACUAUGCUGGAAGUCAUGGGAUGGAUAUACUGGUACCUUAUUCAGGUUCUCAAAGUAUAACAAACGAUGACAAAGAAGCCAAACUGUUCCAACCAGCUAGAGAGUUUUUACCCAUGAUCAGUGAGGUCAACAAUUCCCUAGUGGAGGCCACUCGAUCAAUCAAGGGUGCAAAUGUUGAGAACAACAAGUUUUGUGUAUCUGUACAUUACCGCAACGUUGACAAGAAGGACUGGAAAUUGGUCGCGGAUAUUGUCGACAAUGUCCUGAAUGCUUUUCCUCGUCUCAAACUAACAACCGGACGAAAGGUUUUAGAAGUUCGUCCAGUGAUUGACUGGGACAAGGGAAAGGCUGUAGAGUUUCUGCUUCGGUCGCUCCGGUUAGAUGACCCUGAAAUCGUUCUUCCGAUCUACAUUGGAGACGAUCGAACCGAUGAAGACGCGUUCAAGGUGCUCCGCCAGCGGAACUGUGGAUAUGGGAUUCUGGUUUCACAAGUGCCCAAGGAGACUGAGGCCAUCUACUCACUGCGAACCCCAUCUGAAGUGAUGGAAUUCCUCAAUUCUUUGGUGAGAUGGAAGGAACAAUCACCAUGA